CUAUAUCAACAUUGUGUUUAAAUAAAAACGUAGUCGGCACAUGUCGUCAGUACAUAUUUAUAACUAAUGUGAUAAGUGUAUCUGAGCAAAAUAUUUAUGUAUUGACGUAGAUAGCUUAAGCUGGGAUUAAUAAAAACUAUUAACUAAUAAAUCGAUUUAAAAUCAGACUGUCACAGAAAAAUACAGACCUCCGCUUAACAUUAUUUGUACAAAGGUGGUGUUCAAACAUGGCAGAACAGAAAAUAUGCGAAGAUCUGGUGAAAGAAAGAAAGAAAUGCUCUUUCGAUGUUCAGGAAUUGGUACAUCUUAUUGAUGGAGGCGAAAAGGGAACCAAAGAGAGGAGGGAAGUCGAGAAUUUGGUACUAAGUGCAGAAGGGUUCAACAACAAAGAUGAGGUACCAGAAGAGUAUUUAAGUCAUAAAGAAAGAUACGAAAACGCCAUCAGAAAGGCUUGCAUUUUGUACGAAAUUUUAAAGAAGUAUGCGGAAAAACAUGACACUAUGGACGCUUUCAAGCCUUCAAACAAGUACCGUGUGACAUUCGGCGUAGUGAAAGACAUAUCCCCAUUCAUGUUGCACAUGGGUAUGUUUGUGCCGACCAUACUGAAUCAGUCGGACCCUGAUCAGAUGUCCGAGUGGCUGCCCAAAGCCAUGUCCAUGGGGAUCAUUGGCACUUAUGCACAGACUGAGCUCGGUCACGGCACAUUCCUCAGAGGUUUAGAAACAACAGCUACUUACGACCCCAGCACAGAAGAGUUUGUUAUACACAGUCCUUCCCUCACGGCGUAUAAAUGGUGGCCUGGUGGAUUGGCCCACACAGCAAACCACUGCAUAGUAGUAGCUCAACUGUACACAAAGGGGGAAUGUUAUGGAGUCCACCCAUUCUUCGUGCAGAUCCGUGAUACAGAGACCCAUAUGCCUCUCCCGGGAGUCAAAGUGGGAGAGAUCGGGCCUAAGAUGGGAUUUCAGACAGCGAAUAAUGGGUUUUUGGGCUUUGAACACUUUAGGAUACCGAGGAGGAAUAUGUUGAUGAAGAAUGCUCAGGUGUUGAAGGAUGGAACUUACAUAAAAUCCAAAAACGAGAAGCUAACAUACGGCACCAUGGUGUUCGUCAGAGUGCUCAUAGUGACAGACGUGGCGUAUGAACUGGCGAGAGCCGGUACCAUCGCCGUCAGGUACUCUGCCGUCAGGCAUCAGUCGCAGCCUAAACCUGGUGAGCCAGAGCCUCAGAUCUUAGACUACGUGACGCAACAGCACAAGCUGUUCAUAGGUGUCGCCACUAGUCAUAUCUUCAGGGUCACGGGCUACUGGCUGUGGGACAGCUACUCCAAGGUUAUCAAAGAUGUUGGCAAGGGCAAUAUGGAUCAGUUGCCUGAGCUACACGCCAUAGCGUGCUGUUUGAAGGCAGUGUGCAGUCGGGACGCUGCAGCCAGGAUCGAGGAGUUCAGGCUCGCGUGUGGAGGCCACGGAUACAUGGCGUCCUCUAACCUGCCCAUUAUUAAUGGCAUAGUGACUGCCACCAUUACCUAUGAGGGAGAAUAUACUGUGCUGAUGUUGCAGACUGCCAGAUUCCUAGUAAAAGCAUGGAAACAAGCGACAAUGGGCAACGCGAUGACGCCGACCGUGUCAUACUUGGUGAAGUUCAGCCAAAACGAUAGAGUGGCCUGGGAGAACACGCCUUCAGGCAUCAUCAGCGGCUUUGAAGCUAUCGCUGCUGGAAAAACGAAAGCUGCGUAUGAAAGUCUACAUAACUACGAGAAGACUGGUAUGGAUUACGAGGACGCCUGGAACAACGCCUCGGUACAGCUCGUCAAUGCUAGCGAAGCUCACUGCCGCGCCAUCAUAACAUCGGUCUCCUGGCAGGAGAUGGUCCGUCACGCGACCAACUCGUCACCCAGCCUGGCACCAGUGCUGCUGCAGAUGGCUGAACUGUAUCUCAUAUACUGGGCGCUGGAGAAACGAGGGGAUCUGCUCAUGUAUUCAACGAUAACAAGAGAUGAUAUAGCUAAACUGCAGGUCAGAUAUGAAGAACUGUUGGCGUUGCUGCGACCAAACGCCGUCGGCAUUGUAGACGCGUUCGAUAUUCGGGAUGAGAUUCUAAACUCCACCCUGGGAGCAUACGACGGUCGCGUGUACGAGCGUCUGAUGGAGGAAGCGCUGAAGAGUCCGCUCAACGCGGAGCCCGUCAACCAGAGCUUCCACAAGUAUCUGAAGCCUCUGAUGAUGAAAGCCAAACUGUGAUAUGUAAAUUGCAAUAGGUUUAGGAAAAUAACUUAAAGUACAAUAGUUUAAAUAAAUGGUUUCGGAUUAUGAUAAGGGUGGCUACGCAUAAUGAGAUUUAAUGUAAAGCCCAGGAAGAGAUUGUAAAGGUGGGAUUCCGCCGGUGUGAGGAAUAAAUGUUUCUUCUGGUCACCUCGCUCUAGUAAACAGAAGCAAAUUAAAUAUGUGAGAACAUUUAUAAAAUGUCUGCCAAGUGGCAAUCUUUUUGCGUGAACAAAUGCUGGUGAACUUACGCUGACAUAUUUUUUAGCGAACAAACGUUGCCGAACAAUUUUGAUGGGAUCUCGUCAUAACUAAUGUUGAUGGAAUUCAUUGGAUGGUUCUGGGCCAUAAUACGUAAAUGAGAACAAUUAAAUCUAUUUAAUCAUGUAUGAAUGUUGUGACCGCUUUUUGUACAUUUAUUUAUACCUUUUUAUAAAUUAAAAUGAUAAUGAAAUCGA